AUGUUGUCUACUCCUCAUUUCGAGUUUGCUUUUGCUUGUUUUGUUUUUUGUAGAAAGGUCCACAUUCGCAGUCAUAAAUCCUUUGAUUCAAAGUUGGAGAAAGGGGUACACAAUCGAUCGUCUCCAUCGUGCAGGGAGGAUUUCCAGAUACAGAGAAAAGCAUCCGAACAACAAUUUCGUUCCUAUUCCCAACAAGCCCUUUGUCUUCAUCGGACCUGCAAUACGCAACCGCUUCUUUUUCCCUGCUCUUUCUCUGACACUGAGCAUCACCAAUUUGCAACCUUAUGCCUCAUAUUGGAAAACGAAGUUUGUUAUUCAAAUAAGGGAGAAUCAGGAUAUUGCAUUGAAGAGUGUCAAGACACCACCAUGAAUGAGCUAUAGAGAAAAGUGAGAAAGAAGGAGAAAUAGAGGAAGAGAAAGGCAAAAUGAAAAAGAAAGAGAUGAAAGUAUGAGGAUAAGGAGCAGCAGACGUCAGAACUGGGAUAAAUAUGCAAUUGUUGAUUGUUGAACAUUGAGGCUUCUUCUAAUUCAUGCUUCUGAUUGGGUUUCAUCUUACCACCUGCUUAUGAGAUUGAAUUUUCAAGUGGAGUAUUAAUAUGCACUAAUACUAUUUGUUCAUGUAUCUGGUCUCAUCUGAACAUUAGUUUUUAUUCUCCUGAGUUAGAGGAGAGGAACUCAUGGAUACUUGGUUGUUAUUUUAGCACUUAAAACACCUAAAUAUAUGAGGAGAGGAUAUUCCUUUGGGGAGGAAGAGGUUAGUCUUCUGACUUUUCUUAAUGAUGUGCCCAAGAAGGAC